CGAGGAUGGUUGAGUCCACCAUGCAAAAAGCGCAAGCGAGCAGGAUCACUACGAAGAGUUCGACGAUGCCGUUGAUGAGGAAUACCUUGUCGAAAGCGAAGUCGCCGAAGAGGAACAUGACGAAGAAAAUGAAGAUUACAUGGAUGACGAAGAAGAAGGAGGUAAUAAAGCAUUACCAGCUAUAGAACUAUGCUUGUUUUCAAAAUCUGACCAAUCGAUGUGACAGACCAAGAUGAAUAUGGCGGCUUCCACGGCGUCCGAGAGGUAGAAGGCGAUGACAGUGUCAUGGAAAUCGUUGAUGACUCCGUCCAAGGCUUCUUUGACCACAAGGAACCUGUUUAUACUGUCGCAAUGCACCCAAAGGAAAACGACAUCAUCAUUAGUGGUGGCGGCGACGAUAAGAGCCAUAUCUGGCGAGCUGAUACAGGAGAGAAGCUUGUUACUCUAGAAGGUCAUACAGACUCAGUCUCCAGUGUUGCCUUCAGCGUAUCUGGUGAAUAUGUUGCUUCGGGAGGCAUGGACGGCAAAGUUCGUGUAUGGAAAACAAAUACUGGAGAGCUUUGCACUCAAGUUGAUGGCCCCGAUGAGAUCAUUUGGCUGGACUGGCACCCUAAGGGAAAUGUAUUGUUGGCGGGAGCCACUGAUUCAACGAUCUGGAUGUGGGCCAUGCCAUCUGGAAAGUUCAUGAAUAUCUUCAAUGGACAUGCUGCACCAGUUACUGCUGGUCAAUUCACUGCUGACGGCAAACAUAUCGUCACGGUUGCUGAAGAUGCAACAUUCAUCGUCUGGGAUCCCAAAUCAGCAGCGGCAAAUGUUAAGCUGACCGGUGCAGAUGGACGCUUCCAUUCCGAGCCCAUCAUCUGUGUCUCCACAGACAAGGAUAGCAAUUUGGCAUUAACCGGUUCAGCGGACGGAACCGCUAAGCUUCUCAAUCUACACAAUGGAAAUAUCAUUGCCUCUUUAGAAAAUCACUCGGACUCUAUCGAAUCCGUCAGUUUUUGUGAUGUUCUUCCUCUUGCUGCUACGGGAUCAGUUGACGGUAAAGUUAGCGUCUGGGAUAUCCAGACACACCGCGUUCGUCACACUCUGAAACACGACGAUGCUGUCAUCAAGGUACAGUUUGCUUCAAACUCUGUCAACCUUGUCACAUGUUCUGCCGAUAGAAGUGUACGACUAUGGGAUACCAGAAGUGGCGAGUGCUUGAAGAAAUGGAUGGGCCACCAAGAUGCCGUCUUGGACUUUGCAAUUUCAAACAACGGAGACACUGUUGUAACUGGAUCCGACGAUGGCACAUGCCUGAUCUUCAAAGCAUAAUUCUAGACCAACAAGCUACAGUUUUCCCUUACUUUUCGCAAAAGUUUCGCAAUCUUUUAAUAACCAAACUACCAAAAUAUUGAAGCAGACAUACCGCCUCAUCAUUGCUUUCCCAACAGCUAAACCUCCCUUGUUCUCCGUUUCAUUCAGUCAAUACAGACCAUUCAUUCGUUUUUGACUGAACCAAUUUUAUGUAUUUUGUUUUUGGGGAUUCUUGAUA